CGCGUUGAAGGCUGAAGAUCCAAAUUAAGAUGACCCAGCGUACAAAAUUUAUAAUAAAUACUUCCGUCGAAUACUUUUCCGCCCGUUUGCCGGGUUCGGAACUGGACGAGCAGACGGCCAUGAUUCUGGAGUUUCUGGAACAGGAGGAGCUGACGGUUAUCUCGGCGGUGCACAGCAGAUCCGAUGGCAAAAUCCGAUUCCACCACCGCAUUCCCAAUGAAGAGCUCUGCCUGCUCUUCUACAAGGUGCCGCAGGUGGGGCAUAUUCACAAGGAGGGAGGCAGUGAGCCCCUGCUGGGCAUUUUAACACUAGAAGGGGGCAUGGUCAAGUCGAUUUACAAUUCUGUUUCUCGAGUAUUCUCGCCCUCUGCCAACUCAGCCCGGCGCAGCGAAUAUGGGCCCGAGUUGAGCGGAAUCCUGGAGAACUUGCACCAAAACUUGGGAUCCAGCUUGGGAUUACCACAGAGCGGCAUUACGAGUCUGCGAGACGAGAUCAAAUACUGGCAGCAGAAACUAGGCCAAAAAUCGAGUUCUCGAUUGGACCGCGAGGCUGCUCAAGUGUUCAUUGGUGUUUUGGAAAAUAUAGAAAAACAAAUCAGCACCAUUGACGGGGCCAAUCCGAGUGGCACCGUUGAGGAAUUCCUGGACCAUGCCCACAGCAACCUGGACGAAUUGUGGCGGCUUCCCUACAACUAUCCCCAGCAGCGGAUGACGGACCUGUUGGACAUCAUUGGAAAGCGGCUGUUGGAGGUCUGCUUAACCCAGUUGCUGGCCGAAGACGUCUGGAGCCUGAGUUCCAGUCAUGUUAACAAUCUCAUGAGUCAGAGCAUCGAUACCGUGGACGCUUGGAUCCAGCUCUGCGACUCCCUCACCCGUCUAUUUUGGCCAAACUACGUGAAGCACCCGUGGCUUGGAGAUUCGCAUGUGCCCAAGCGAGGACAACUCUUUAAAGAGCGGCUUAGUGAGAUCCGGAGCAUCAAACAGCUGUACAAGCAGAUUGCCACCUUGCUAGAGGAUACCGAGCUGCAGGAAAUGUUUCAGGAACAGGCUCCCUUCACAGAAUUCAACAUCUUUGACACAUCCUCGUUGGGGCAGAAUAAAUGGCACAAGGCUCUGCAGCACUUUGAACAGGUCCUGCAGCCAAUUGAUGAGCGCAUUGCCGCCGCCCUCAAGGGGCAGUUGCAUAACCACCUGAGUAAUCCACGGCAGGUGAUCUUCAUCUUCUCCAAAUACGAGACUCUUAUCCAGAGACCUGCUGUCCUGGAACUGCUGACCAUCGAGAGGGAGCAGUUUUUGCAAUCGCUGCACAUCCUUUUGCAGGAUCUGCGCAAGGCGAUGGUGGACUCAAAUAUGGAACCCGAUACUGGUCAUCUGUCAGUGAUAUGCAAUGAGUGCCGCUGGCUAAAGGUGGUUCAGCAUCAGAUCCAGGAGAUCGAGAAGGUUAGCCAUUUGAUAAGUGGACGGGAGGGUUUCGACAAGAUCAACAAGGCCGUGCAGGAAAUCAAGGAGGAAACCGAGUCCCUGCUGCGCACUAACUUCGAGAUCUGGUCAGGACAGUGCUCCACGGCUGUCAAAAGCGGUGAGCUAAGACUGCGUGACGAUCAGGCGGUGGUAAAGUUCGAAAAGGAGGGUCGCCAGCUGAUGCGGGUAACCUUCAAUCCCAAGCUGGUGACCUUCUGCCAGGAUGUGCGCGAGUUUGAGAAUCUAGGCUACAAUGUUCCCCUCGAACUGCGAGCCGCUGCCACCCAUGCAGCCAAAUAUAUGUGCUACGCCCGCCGAUUGCAGCAGAUCGCCACUUUCCACAACACGAUCGGCGAUCGGAUGAUCCCCUGCCAGCGGCCCAUUAUGCUGAAGAAUGCCCUGGAGCUGCAGCGUUUGGUCCAGAGCGAAACGGUGGCCUGGCAGGACGAGUCCUCCGUUCAGCGAUAUGUCGAUAUCCUGCAGGCGGCCGUUUCUAAGCUGUCCUCGGAUAACACACUCCUGGUGGGAUAUCACGAGCAGGCCAAGAGAUCGGUUUUGAAACUCAUGUCCACUGAUCUAUUGACCCAAAACCAAAUUUGGAAGGACGAGCUGCGUCACCUUCGUGAGCUGGUGGCCACUUUGGAGCGCCAAGGAUACACCCACCUGGACGCCUUCAAGCUGCACUGGGAUCACCAGCUGUACAAAGUCCUGGAGUACCAGUACAUAUUGGGCUUGCUCGACAUGAACAACAAGCUGCCAGACAUACACGUAAAGCUGGUAUUGCGGCAGAGAGAACUGGUCUUCAGUCCUCCGGAGGAGGAAAUUCGGGAGUUGUACUUCAGUCAGCUGAGGCGCUUCAUCGAGAGGCCCUGUAACUUCCACGGCUUAUCUGAACACAGUCAGGAGCUCUUCAAAUCCAUGGUCACAGUAAACCGCCAUCACUUUGGACCACUUUACCAGAGGGCAGCUGAGUUGUUCGACAAGUUGGAGGACUUCAAGACCAUCUGGUUGCCCUGGAGCUUGGGAUGUGUGGAUGUGGAUCAGCUCUGUGGGAUUCAUUUAAACGAGGCCGGGGACUGGGAUCGCAACUUCAGAUCGUGCAAACAUUUUAGCCAACAGUUGGCAAAGCUUCAGCAGGCGGAGGAAUCCAUCGAUUGCAUAGUGAUCAAUGUCCUGCCCUUGAGAUCGGAUAUAGAAUAUAUUAGCAGACGGUACUGGGAGUCUCUGGCAAAUAGCUUGCGAACUGCUAUCCUGACGGACGUGAGUCUGAUCCAGGAAUUCCUGCAAAGUGCCCUGCAGUUCCUGCAAAAUGUACCCAUGGACGAGGGUAGCAUCAGUCAGUCGGGAAUGAAGUACGAGAAGAUAAUGAGUGAGUUGCCGCAGAUCGAGGAGACCUUGGAUGCGGUUCGAGCAAAGGAUGCCUGUCUGGCGGGCUGGUGCAAGGAGAGGGUCACAGCUCUGUCGGGAAUCCUGCUGCAAUGGGAACAGCUGCAGCCUCUUCUCGAGAACCACGCAGUGAUCCUCCAGCGACAAGUGGAUAUGAUCAAAAACCAGGCCGAGACCCAGCUCCAAAACCUCAAGAACGAGGCCGAGAAAUUUCUACUCCGGUGGGAGUCCACCAUAUCCGAACUGGAGGCCAACGAGCACUCCACUCUGGACGUGUUCAAGGAGCGCAGACUCCAUUGGCAGCAAUUGCAAGAGAAGAAGACCCAUCUGCUAGAGGAGUGUUCCAAAUUUAACAUGGAAUUCCCAGCAGAGAUGCUCAUUCCCUUCUCGGAAAUCGAAGAGCAAAUGGAGCAGCAGUCGAAGCAGUGGCAGGUCUACGACAGUUUCCUCACCGAACUGCAGCCAAUUCUUCAGGAGGAUUGGGCCAUCUACAGGCGCCGUCCCUACGUCCUGAACGAAUUUAUUGGCAAAUGGGAGGGAUCGGUUCACGCCUCGAUUGAUUUGCCCUCCAAGAGAAUCCGCCAGCAGGUGGAGCAGCUCCAAUCGGCUCUACCGAUUCUGCAGCAACUGCAAUCGGACUCCUUGAGUGAACGGCACUGGGCUAGAAUAUUUCAGCUCCUCCAUCACAAGGAGUCCAAGCCACUGCACUCCAUACUCCUCCAGGAUAUCCUACAGGACUUUGAUGUCCUGCAGUCGGCUGCUCAAGAGAUCAUUAGCAUAGUUCGACAGGCGUCGAGUGAACAGAUUGUGAGGCAGGCUUUGGUUGAACUAGACCAGUGGUCAGUCACGGCCCAGUUGAAACUGAUCACUAGGACCGAUGCCUCUGGUCAGAGUGUCUCCUUGAUAAAGGACUACCAGGAGGUGCUCAACAAGAUCGGGGACAACCAGUCUCUUUUGCAAUCAGCCAAGAACUCAGCUGCCUUUGAGAGCUUUUCGGAUCAGGCUGAACUUUGGGAGAGUCGCCUCAAUACGCUGGAUGCCCUGCUAAGUAGCUUAAAUCAUUCUCAGAGACGUUGGGUGUAUUUGGAACCUGUCUUUGGGUCGGGGACCCUGCAACAGGAGCAGGCUCUAUUUAAGCGCAUCGACAAGGACUUCCGGUUUGUUAUGCGUGAAAUCGAGAUGGAUCCGCGGGUCACUUCGCUGACGAAAAUAAACAACAUCACCACCAUCGUCAAUGCACUGGAGACCCAACUGUCCAGGUGCCAGCAGAACCUGAUGAGCUAUAUAACCGACAAGCGCAACUCCUUUCCCCGCUUCUACUUCCUGGGCGAUGAUGAUCUGCUCGAGCUCCUCGGACAGGCCAGCAAGGAUGCGGAGGUCAUCCAGCGGCACAUCCGUAAACUGUUCCCCGGUUGCCACCGGCUCAGCAUCCGCCAGGUGGGCCCUAAUCCAGCCACAUCCUCCGAUGUCAAUCAGUACAGCAUUACAUCCGUGCACAGUGCCGAGGGCGAUGAGCUCCAGCUAAGUCAGCCCGUCGAGAUGAAGGGCGACAUCGAGUGCUGGUUGAAUCAACUGGUGACUGUGGUGCAGAAUACUCUGAGGGAUCAAGUUUACGAGUGCUACACCAGCACCACCGGCGGAAGUGAUAACCUCGACGAGAAAAUCCUAAAGAAGUAUGCCAGCCAGGUGUUGGCCACGGCCAGAGCCCUUCACUUCACCCGCCAGGCGGAACAGGCAAUCGGGGGCAUGUCGCUGGGAAAACUAAAGCAGCAGUUAAAGGAUGAAAUCACCCACCUCGCUGCCCUGAAACACAAGUCCGACAACGGAACGCUGAUCAGCCUGAAACUAAGAGCCCUUCUCCUGGACCUGGUGCACUACUCCGGGGUGACGGAGCAGCUCCAGAAGCACAAUGUGGUGCACACCAGCGACUGGCAUUGGCUGUGUCAACUCAGAUAUUACCUGGGAAAAACGGGCGGCACGUCGGGCGAAGUUAAUGCCAAUCGACAAGUUUGCGUCCGCAUGGUUUAUGCCGAAUUUGAAUACGCCUACGAGUUUCUGGGGCAGGCCAGCAAGCUGGUCCACACCCGGCUCACCCACCGCUGCUAUCUCAUCCUCACGCAGGCGAUGCACAUGGGCCUGGGCGGUAAUCCCUUUGGCCCGGCUGGCACCGGAAAGACGGAGUGCGUCAAGGCCCUGGGGGCCAUGCUGGGCCGCUUGGUGUUGGUUUUCAAUUGCGACGAGAAUGUGGACACCGAGUCGAUGAGCCUCAUCCUCACCGGCCUGGCGCGCUGCGGGGCGUGGGGUUGCUUUGACGAGUUCAACCGGCUGCAGGAGGCCACUCUGUCGUCCAUCUCCAUGCUUAUCCAGCCCAUCCAGAGUGCCCUGAAGGAGCGGGCCAGCAGCGUCCAGAUUGGCGAGCGGCAGAUACAACUCAACCAGCACUGCGGGAUCUUUGUGACGCUGAAUCCCGCCGGAGCGGAGUACGGAGGUCGUCAAAAGCUCCCCGGGAACAUCCAGGCCCUCUUCCGACCCAUUGUUAUGCAGCAGCCGGAGCCAGGCGAAAUCGCCCGGGUUAUGCUGUUCGUCGAGGGCUUUUCUGAGGCCUCCGCCAUCGCGUCCCGCAUCGUGGAGCUGUUUGAACUGAGCGGCAAGAUGCUGUCUGCCCAGCGGCACUACGACUGGGGACUGCGGGAACUGAAGACGGUGCUCUUGGUGUGCGGAGAAGGUUUGAGGGAUCAAUUAAGCAGCGAGGAUAACAAGCAGUCCAGCGCUAAGUUGGAGAUGUCGGUGGUGGUUCGAUGUUUGCGUUCAUCCACCAUGUCCAAGCUGACCCCCCACGAUGUCACUAGAUUUGAGAUGCUGCUCCGGAAUGUUUUUCCGGAGAUUGGCAGCUCGCCGGCGCCAGAAACCCAGCUCCAUCAAUCUAUAUCCGCCGCCUUUGCGCAAUUGGGCCUCUGUCGAAGCGAAAGGCAAAUUGAAAAGGCCUUGCAACUGCAUGAGCAACUGCAGAAACGGAUGGGAGUUGUGUUGGUGGGACCGCCAGGAUGUGGCAAGUCCACCAUCAUGGCCCUCCUUAAACAGGCUCUGAGUGGAACCCAGCUGAAAGUGCACACCAUCAGUCCAAAGUCAAUGAGUCGCAUUCAAUUGCUGGGACGCCUGGAUGCCGAUACUCGUCAGUGGCAGGACGGGGUACUGACCCACACAGCGGUGGCGGUCAAUCAGGAGCCAUCCCAAGUCCACUCGUGGAUCGUUUGCGACGGCAGCAUCGAUCCUGAAUGGAUAGAGGCACUGAACUCGGUUUUGGACGACAACAAGCUCCUAACCUUGCCAUCGGGCUGGAGGAUUCAGUUCGGGAGCAACGUUAACUUUAUUUUCGAAACAGAUGAUGUGAGGCAUGCGUCGCCAGCAACAAUUUCCAGAAUGGGCAUUGUCAAUAUGAGUUACGACUACUAUCCUGCGGACGGGAUUCUUAAACAUGAGCUGGCUAGAGAACCAUAUGGCGACCUGUUGCAAAGUUAUGUGGAAGGGAAUUUCCAAUAUGCCGUGAAUUGGCUGGAAAGUCAACUUUUAUUGGCUCACCUGCCUGGUAUAAGUCGGACCCACCUUCUGCGCUCCCUACUGCUACAACUUCAUGGUUCCCAAUCUCUGGAGGAAUAUGGAGCAGCCACUCUUCGUGCUCUUUUCGGUUACAUACCCAACGAUCGCCAGCGGGAGUUUGCCCAACUGAUUCUGAAACACGCCAAUAUCUACGUGCCUAAUCCUAACUACGCUGAAUUGACUCACUAUGAACGCAAUAGGAAUUCCCUAGAGCAAUAUCCGGUGGACGCAAUCGAAACACCAGAAAAAGGAUCCCAGUUAAUAAUUACAUCCUACAUGAAAUCCUACUUGGACAUUCUGGAAACCCUGCUGAAAUCCCAGGGUGUAAGAGUAGCGCCCUUCAUGCUCAUUGGUCCAAGUGGGUCGGGCAAAACCCUGCUCCUUCAAAGAGCGGUGCUGGAGAACUCGGGCUAUCAGUUGGCCACCAUCAACUGCUCUACUCAACUGACUCCCAGGUAUAUUUUGCACACAUUGAAGACGCACUGCGUCACAGUGAGUGGAAUCAAGGGUAGAGAGUACCGCCCAAAGCAAGCGAGACUGGUGCUGUUCAUGAAGAACUUAGACCUCUGCCAGCAGGACUCUUGGGGAGCCUGUGAAGUAGUGGAACUGCUACUCCAAUUAGCUCAACGAGGGGGCUUUUACGCCGAAAAUCUUGAGUGGAUUGGAGUAAGCGGUCUGCAAAUAUGCGCCUCUAUUGGCGGAAACACCGGGAAAAUCGCACCGCGCUACUUUGCCAUCAAUCAGUUUGUGCGAGUUUCCCGACCCACCAGCCAGGACAUGCUGGAAAUCGUCCAGCGGCGAUUGGAACCUCUUUUGGAAGAGCACUUCAGGGGAUCGGAAAAUCGGGGAAGGUCCGGGGUCAAUUUGCAGCACGUCAGCGAGAGCCUAAUGGACUGCUUUGAGAAGCUGCAAGCGACGUUCACCAACGUGGGAGGCAGACAGGCCCACUACCAGUUCAGCCCCAAAUGCAUCAUGAAGCUGCUGGAUGCCCUCGUCUUUUAUCCUGCCACUGAUUUCAAUGAGGCUCUAAACUGCGAGCUAUUAGGCAUGUUCCGUGACAGACUGAUUAGCGAAGAGCACGUCCAGCAGUUCGAGGGUAUACUUAAGCAAACGAUGCGCAAAUACUACGGCAAGGAGAAGGUCUUUUUCGUGCCUAAAUCUCCAAAGUCGCGGGGUCAUCUACACUGCCUAACCCAUGACGAAUGGAUGGAAGAGGUUCAGCGGCAGGUUACUAUUUGCAAUAGCGAAAACUACACCAUUGCAGCACCCAUCACGGAGGAACUUCUAAGUCAAGUAGCUAGGAUAACCAGGGUUCUGUCACGAACCGAUGCCCACAUGCUCAUUCUGGGGCCAUCUGGAGGACGUCAUCUGGAUGCCAUAUUCGUGGCAGCCACUUUGCAGGAGGCCAAAGUGGUCACUCUGCAAGGAGGACCGUCCUACGAUCUCGCCGACUUCUACAACGAUCUUAAAGUGGCGAUGCAGACGGCUGUCUUGGAGCAGCAAAUGAGCUAUCUGCUCAUCGAGCAUUGUUGGCUAAGUUAUGUGCCGGAUAUAUUGAAGCCCAUAGAGGCUCUGCUCGAAGGAAGUGAGAUCCUAGAGCUUUUUGGCGAGGAUCUGGAGACGGUGGCGAGUACUCUGAAACAGGCGGCCCAGCUUGAGGGAUACCAGGAAUCCAUGGGGUCAUACUUCCUGAAGCGUGCCCGUGAGUAUCUCCACAUUAUCAUAGUCCUGGAUCCCAGAAGUGCCAAGGUGCAGGACUACUUCAACAAUUUCCCUGCCCUGCAUCGUCAGAUGGAUUUGCUAAAUGAAACAAUCGCGGGGCGAGGGAAGUGGGCGUGGCAAGGUACCGAUUUGCUUUAUGUGAGAGGAGAGUCCAGAGAAACUAUUGCCACUCUGCCCAAACAAUACAUUGAGUUGCUAAAUGAAACAAUCGCGGGCGGAGGAAGUGGGCGUGGCAAGGUACCGACUUGCAGUCACUUUGCAGAAAUAUCGGAUGAACUGCCUUCAGAGGAAACAUCACAAAGAUAUUACCAGUUUAUCCGCACGUACUUCCACAUGUAUAACGAUGCAGCCAAUGUAAUCGAUCAGAGAUUGGGCAAACUGCAAAUGGGAGUUGAUAAGUUGGCCUCUGCACACGGCUUAGUGGAUACCCUGAAGUGCAACGCCGCAGCUCAGGAGCAGGCUCUGGGGGAAAAGCGACAACUGGCCAACGAAGCGUUGGAGAUGAUUUCCUUCACGAUGAGAAAUGCCAAUGAGCAGAAAUCCAGCAUGUUGGAGCUUAAACAGCAAACACAAAAGAGCAGCGAGCAAUUAAAGGUUCGACAAAAGGAAAUCCAACAGGAACUGGCAGAAGUAGAACCAAUUUUGGCAGAAGCCAGUAAUGCAGUCGGUCAAAUCAAAUCGGAAGCCUUAUCCGAAAUCAGAUCCCUAAGAGCCCCGCCAGAAGCUGUGAGGGAUAUUUUAGAGGGCGUACUCCGACUAAUGGGCAUCCGAGAUACUUCCUGGAACAGCAUGAAGACCUUUCUGGCCAAGAGAGGUGUAAAGGAGGACAUACGAUCUCUGGAUCCAGCUCGGAUUAGUCCCGAAAAUUGUGAAGCAGUCGAAAGGCUGCUUCUGGCCAAAGGCGAUUCAUACGAGUCCAAGAACGCCAAGCGCGCUUCUGCAGCAGCUGCUCCUUUGGCUGCCUGGGUGCAGGCUAGUGUGCGAUAUUCCAGGGUGAUCCAGAGCAUCAAGCCCCUCGAAAGGGAACAGAAUGAAUUGCAGAAAAAUCUCAAAGCGGCUGAGGACGAAAUGCAAGAGUUGGCCAGUGGACUGGACGAUGUGGACAAGCGGGUCAAGCAGCUGUCGGCCAAAUUGCAGACGUACACUCAAGAAGCAGCCGUUUUGGAGCUGAAACUUCAAGAGGCAAGUGGAACUUUGCAGACCGCAGAGCUCCUGGUGGAAAAACUAAGUGCAGAAUACGCCACCUGGAGCCAUCAGCUGACGGACCUCAAAAAGGCCCACAAAACACUGGACGGAAAGACUCUGUUGAUAGCCAUAGCUGUCAACUACUACGCAGGUUUGGGCCUGGAACAGAGAUGCUCAUCUCUCAAACGCCUGGCGGCAGAUUUCCAUUUGCCCGACUUCGACCUCCAGAGAUCCCUGCUCACGGAGCAGCAACAGAUCAUUUGGGAGAGUCAGGGCUUGGCGCGGGAUGCUCAGAUCAUUGAAAGCGCUGCCCUACUCAGGGAAAUGCUUUCUCUGCCCUACGGAUCCUGUCCAAUUCCACUGCUUUUGGAUCCCACACAAACAGCGGCCGCUUGGUUAAUGGCCCAUCUUAAGGGAAGCGGAAAGCCAUGCGAGUUGACCACUCACGGAAACGAGAGGCUAUCCUAUCAGUUAGAGCUAGCUGUUCGUUUUGGAAAGACUCUAUUGGUCACUGACUGCGAACAACUACGUCCUCCUGUACUGCAACUCCUGCAGGGCCAUGUUUAUGUGAGGUUCAAUAAGCGACAACUGGCCAUUGGAUCUAAGUUGGUGGAUCUCCACGAGAGUUUCCAGUUGGUUUUGAUAAGCAAGUCUCAUCGUUUGGAUUUGCCAGAAGAGCAAAGGAGUCAACUUAAUGUUCUGAGAUUUACUGUUACAGCAGCUGGUUUGGCGGAUCAAUUGAUGUCCAAAGCCAUUGUCCUAAAAAAUGGGGAGUUGGAGCAGCAGAGGGUAGAGUUGCUACAAAAGGAAGGACAUCUUCUGAAGCAGCGAAUGGAAAUGCAAGACAACCUACUGGAACAGCUAUCGAAAUCAGAAGGCGAUAUUCUAAAGAACGAGCAACUGUUGGAAAGUUUAAACGAGAUCAAACAAGGCAGUGCUCAGAUAGACGAGGCCCUUAAGCAAAGUGGGCAAAUAAAGGAUACUUUACUAGCUCAGUUUGGUUCCUUAAGAGCACUCAGUACGAGGGCCUCAACAUUUUAUGCAGGCCUCAUCCAGGGCUAUGAAUUAUCCGCUCUAGUUUACAUUGAACUAUUUUUGGGAGCUCUCUCCAAGAGUGAGCGAGAUGAAUCCAAGGUCUAUGAGUUACUUGUAAGAAGUGUUUAUAUGAAUUUAGCCAGAGCUACUUCCAGAGAUAGCCAGCUAUCCCUAUCUCUGUGGGUUUGCCAUCAGGCAUAUCCCGAUAGAUUAAGCCCCAAGGAAUGGGAGCUGUUUGUGAACAAUUUCAUGGGCAGUUCUGAUGGCAGUAUGAUGCUGAGUCAGUUGGAAAAACUGCCCGACUGCAUGCCUAGGGAAGCGCAAUUAAAGCUGGCCAUGUUACUACAACUGUUUCCCGAUUUGCGAAGCAAGCUCCAGUUGGAGAAGGACUAUAUCUGGCGCGGGUUCAUUGAGGCUCAAGCGGAUGAUGUGCUGCCUGCCUUGGGUUCCAGCUUCCAGCGUGUGCUUAUUGCUCAGGUUUUCCGACCCGACUUGAUGCUUCACCAACUGCGAAAAGUGAGCAGCGAUCUGCUGGGAGUUUCCGCAGAUGCCUCCACCCAACCUUCUGUGGAGCAGUUGCUGCAGCAGAGCAGCUGUGAUAGACCGAUUUUGAUGGUUAGUCAUGCGGAAAAUGACCCAACAACUGAACUGAGAAAGUGGGCCAAUCAAAAGUACAGGGAAAUGGCGAUUGGAAAGGGCGCUGAGAAAAGAGUUAUCGCCGAGAUGCGACAGGCUGCCAUAGAUGGCCACUGGUUAUGCGUUAAAAAUGUCCAUUUGGCGCCAGAAUUUCUAACCCAAAUGGAAAGGGAAUUGAGUGAAAUUCAAAAAUCGAAAGACUUUCGGUUGUGGCUGCUGUGUGAAUCCACCGAUGGAUUUUCCGAAGCUGCCAUUUAUAAAUGUCUGAAGGUGCGUUAUGAGCAGCCAAAGGGACUCAAGCAGAUUGUGAAGCGGUUGCUCCAGAACUUCGCUGCUGAACAGGAUCAAAAGCUUAAAAGCCAGCCGAAGAGCCUCAAGAUAAGACUCGUUUAUUUUGUCCUGACAGCUGUACUCCAACAAAGGCGACAGUUUAUACCCCAAGGUUGGUCGAAGUACUAUGAAUUCGGUGAGGCAGAUCUAAAGGCGGCUUUGGGCAUCCUGAAAUUGAUGGAUCAGCAGCUUAAUUCAGGAAAAUGCGAUUGGUUGCUGCUGCAACGUCUCAGUGAAGCGCUUGCUUUCGGCGGAAGAGUGAAUAAUCAGAGGGAUCUGGAGAUACUCAGGAGCUAUCUGAACCAGUUUUGUUCAGCGGAUGUUCUAAGCAGUCGUUGGUCGCCCCUUGGAUUAUCCCUAUCCAUACCAACCAGUGGUCAACUGCAGGACUACUACGCUGCGUUGGAGAAACUUCCUGACACAGAUGAGCCCAGUAUGUAUGGUUUGGCCAAUCAGGCACAACAGCAACGCGAAAUUGAAGAGGCUAAGCGAGUUAUAAAGGAACUCAGGGGAUUGCAUUACGGAAGAGGUUCGGCUAAAGAUUCAGGAGGACCGGGAGAGUCCAAGGAAGGCAAUCAGCUCACUGGUCGUCAGAAGCUGGAGCAGCAAAUUAAACCCUUACUGAAUCUGUGGAGGAAAUUGGCUGCAUCGUGUACCAUAAUCCAGACUAUGAAGGAGGCAAAGGCCGAUGUCGGCGAAUCUCCCUGGGCACUUUUUGUGCUGGCUGAACUGAAACUGGGCGCGGAUCUGUACGGCACAGUUCACCAGACCUUGUCGCAGAUGCAUGCCUGGCUUAAGGACUCGCAGGAGGUGGAUGGCAGCACUCUAAGAGCUCUGGCGGAACAGCAGAUUCCUGCCAGUUGGCUUAAACUGUGGCCUGGUCCUGGCAGCAACAGUGCCGUGGACUUUCUAAGAGCCCUAAUCGUUCGAGCCCAGGCUGCCGAAGCUCGAUUCCGCGAGCAAGUGCAUCUGGAUUUUUGCGAGGAAAUCAAUUUCGUCCAGGUGUUUAACUGUGAGAACCUUUUGGCCUGUUUCAAGCUGCUGCAGUCUCAGAAACUGGCAGUUUCCACCGAACGUCUGGAGUUGCAAACUUGCGGGUCCUCGAGCUUGGAAAGUGAUUCAUCGGACAUGAUACUCAAGCUGGCGCCUCUAAAGAUUGAUGGCGCCCAGAGUGGAAUGGAGAAAUCGAACCCCUUCUACAUCAAGUACAAAGUAAAGGAAGAUGCCAGUCAAGCGACUGCCAGUUCCUCGAAAUACGGAAAGAACUCGCUGUAUCCCACCCAAAAUGCGGAAUCGAAGCCAAAACUGCCUCUAUAUUCUCGGAGCAGUCGCGACAAGCUGAUUUGCCACCUGAAUGUUGAUAUUGUGACGGGAACCGCGGAGCAAAUUCUCCUGGCUGGAACUGCGCUAAUCGUCGAAGAUUAUUAGAAUAUUAUUCUCCAAACGGAAAUAGCUUCAGCUGACAAAGAAAAUGUAGAAGUUAAAAAUAUACCUGUGUAGAAACAAGAAUA